AUUGGCCCCAAACAAAAACUAAGCAUUUUGAUAGCCUGUGCCUAACUGGGUAAUGAGGACCCCUACGCGAGCGGGCUGGUCCACUUCCACCCGACCUCGCAUAUUUCCAUGACCGCCAAUCCAAUUCUGUGAUGGACCAACAUCGUAUCGAUACCACAUCUUGCCCAUUGAGACUGAUCCAUCACCGCUUAUUCACCACCGUGGGCACCACACCAUCCUUGUCAUGAUAGUCCCCGUUGUUUAUCUAUUUUCAGCAAGCGAAAUCUGUAUCUCUGCAUUGACCCUACCCCACUUUGUCUUUGCCAUACUUUUUAGAUCGUAACCGUCGAUUGCAUUACUUGCCAACCACUUUCUCAUCGGGAUCUGGGAGAUGAAGUCGCCAUGCCAUCGGUGAUCACAUCAUUCCCGCAGUUUAGCCAGCUGCCGCUGGAGCUGCGGCGGCAGAUCUGGGAGGCUGCUCUAGAGGAUGAGUCAGUCGGGCUUUGCAUCAUAUCCAAUGCUAGCACCACCAGUGCCAACCGGUCCCCACCGUUGGCGGAUGUGGAUCUACACACGCUGAUGCAUGUGUGUCACGAGAGCCGGUGCAUGGCACAAUCUCACUUUGGGUAUACCAUGCGCCGGGAUCUGAACCAGACGUUUCUCGGCGCCUGCCGUGGGUUUCAUGCAGGCCUGGACGUCCUGUACAUCCCCACAGACCGCUAUGAUGGGUUCUUCGACUGGCGUUUCCUGGACAGCUGGCCUGCGGACAGACAGCCUCAUCACAUAGCUCUGGACGGCCACGAGGCACAAUUGUCCCGUGGCGGUGUGGGCACGCAGGUCGCUGCACUCGUGGCAUCUGGCCGGCUACCAAACCUGUCCAGCGUCUCAUUGGUGUUUUCUGCAGAGCCCGCACCUGUGCCCGUGUACCACCCUGACAAGAACUACAAGCUCGUAGAGCUGGACGAAGCUGAUAUGGUAUGGUGUGCUCUACCCGGUGGCUGCAAGUAUGAGGAUACGGACCCGCGACGAAUUGCAGAGUGGUGGAAAGACUCGGUAAUGAAGGCUGCCGUAGGACUAGCCCUAAGGCCUUUCGAAGUCAUACCGAGGAGGAUCUCGGUGAGACGAUACGCAGAUGCCGGCCCCAAGGGCUGGCUGUCUUCUACGCUUGGUGUGACGACUUCACGCUUGCGGCAGCUACUGAUUUGAACUCCAAGAUUACCUCGGGUGAACCUUCGUUGAUUCACUAGUACGACUUUGCUAAUGAAGUUGGUCCUGUCUGUACAAUCCAACCUCUAGUAUUUUCUCAUUGUUGAAAUUUAUCAUAACU